AUGGCGGCUAAGACUCGAGACGGUGGGUUUAAAGGUCAGCAAGAGCAAAACAGAGUACCAUUGCAUUGCGAUUUUGGCGGUUUAUCAAGACCCAUGACCAUAACCCUAGCCGGCAUGCCCCUACCAGUCUGCUCCGACUUCCGGUACCUUGGUUCACUCGUCCAAAGUGACGGUGAGGUGGACAGUUACGUUACGCAUCGGAUCAAUUCUGGAUGGAUGAAGUGGCGACAGGUAACAAGCACCAUUUGUGACCCACCGAUGCCCCUCAAACUGAAGGGCAAAAUUUACAAAUCCGUAAUAAGACCUGUUGUCCUGUAUGGCUCAGAGUGUUGGGCAUUGAAAAAGAAGGAUGAGAAAAGAGUGCAUGUCGCAGAGAUGAGAAUGCUGAGAUAG